GAGCUAGCGAAACACACACAUAGACGGUUGUUGAUUGUUGUUUUGAAGUCUUGGCGUCCAGUUUAUCGUCGUUUCUAGUUCGAUUAACUUUUGUUUGGGGUGUUGUCAACCGCGCAGACUCUUUAGCCUCCGUUAGCUGUAAGUAGUUUGCAAAAUAAAUCCGCCGCGCGUCGAGCGACAGGAGUCCGCAGACGGCAAACAUGAAAUGGAUGUUCAAAGAGGAUCACUCCUUAGAACAUCGAUGCAUAGAGUCAGCCAAAAUUCGCAACAAGUACCCCGACAGGGUGCCGGUGAUUGUAGAGAAAGUGUCGGGAUCACAGAUAGUGGACAUUGACAAGAGGAAGUACCUGGUCCCCUCUGACAUUACAGUGGCUCAGUUCAUGUGGAUCAUCAGGAAACGCAUCCAACUGCCCUCAGAGAAGGCCAUCUUCCUCUUUGUGGACAAGACUGUGCCUCAGUCCAGCAUCACAAUGGGCCAGCUGUACGAGAAAGAGAAGGAUGAGGAUGGCUUUCUAUACGUGGCUUACAGCGGGGAGAACACCUUUGGUUUUUAAAAAUAAACCCACGACUGUGAUUGGCCUUGCAUACAGAGCCCCACUGACCCCACCCACAUGUAAUCACAACCCUCCCUCAGCCCCUGGGGAAACUGAGACCCCAGAGAGUUUCAGCAACAUGAACCUAAAGGAAUGAUCGACUGACUGCUCACAAGAUGGGAUAAAAUAUUUAAGUGCACAGCUGUGUUUGUUUGUUUUGACCUGUACUGCACCAGUUCUUUAUAAAUCUAUAGAUUAUGUAAAGUGUUACAGUUGAUUUAACAUUUGAUGUUGUGAAUAGUUUUUUCUUUCUUUAGCAAGUAAAUGAUACUUGUGGCAUUUGCUUUGAGUUGUGCUUUCUUCUUUGAAGAUAUUUUAAAGUAUUUUAAUUUAACUAUUUGAUGGUAAGGUAGCUGGAAGACCGAACCAAUAAACACAUGAAAACUUUA